AUGCCUCCUCCAUUUCAUAAGCCGGCGAGAGGCAUUUCGAUCAAUCAAAUUGAAAAAUGCAUUCCCUUGAAAUGGAGACAGAACAACAAACAACCGUUGGAUAUCCAAAAGGAAAGCAAACAGAAAUCUUAUUUCUCCCAUGAAAUCAUUUCAAGAUUAUAUGACAAAAUUGAUAAUUAUAUGGUUAAUAGCCUUCUCGCAACGUUAAACGACUUUGCUAGCCAAGGUCACUUGUCCAAAGCCUUCAGGAUUUUUUCGCUCAUUGCAUCUUCCUCUUGUGAUUCUAUUGCUGGGUCAUUGUCAUCCCUGCUGUUAUCUUGUACCAAUCACAAGUUGCUUCCAGAAGGCAAACAGCUCCAUGCCCAGAUUAUUACAUGGGGUCUUCAAAAUAACCAUGCAUUGGUCCCAAAACUAGUUUCCUACUACACGGCUUUCGGUUUUCUUGAUGAAGCUCAUUUCAUAGCUGCAGGCUCGAACAUUUUGCAUCCUUUACCUUGGAAUGUCCUUAUUUCAUCAUAUGUCAAUAAAGGGCAUUUUGAGGAAGCUAUAUUUGCCUAUAAACAAAUGGUUCACAAGGGAGUAAGGCCCGAUCAUUUCACCUACCCGUCCGUUCUCAAAGCGUGUGCCGAGCAAUCUACUCUUGAUUUCGGAAGAGAAGUUCACAAAUCUAUUGAUGCUAGCUUUCUCAGGUGGGACUUGUUUGUGCAGAAUUCAUUGGUAUCCAUGUAUGCAAAGUGUGGGGAUCUCGAAACCUCCCGAAGUAUUUUCAAAAAAAUGCCGACUAGGGACCAAGUGUCGUGGAACUCAAUAAUCUCAGAAUAUGCCUCUAGAGCUUUUUGGGAUGAGGCUUUCAAGCUUUUCGAAAGGAUGAGAGCAGCUCAUAUGGACAUAAACAUCAUAACAUGGAACACUGUGGCUGGAGACAGGCAAUUUCAGGGGGCUCUCGAAUUGAUCUGUCAGAUUAGAGAAAGUGUUGGGCAUCUUGAUCCUGUGGCGGUUAUAAUUGGCUUGAAUGCGUGGUCUCAUAUUCGUGCUCUGCGAACAGGAAGAGAAAUUCAUGGAUUGGCCAUUUGA